UUUAAUGUCAGCUGCCAUCGCGAGCGAAUGGCCGACGAAGGAACAAUACGCACGCAAAUGGUGGUGUGGAAUUUGGGUGGACUGUUCCCUUGUGCUUGCUUAUAGUGUAAAGCUUAUUCAUAUCUGUAAAUAUUGUACUCCGCAGUGUUAGGCUUCCUUGUUUUCUUCCUGCAUACCUGAAGUUUUUGCGCGAAAUAGUGAAGUUACUAGUCUUGUGUAUUUCAAGUGUAUUCAGCAACUAUUGUGGACUUCUGGCUUUUAUUGUAAAUAAAGGAACUCGUUCUUCAACAUCGUUAUCUGUUAAUGAGGGAGGUCACCCCGGGACCGCGGCCGGACCGCGCCGCCGCAGCCUUCCAACAAGGCGGCGCGGCAGGCGGGUGCUAGUGCCACGCGCACCCUGGAGCCGACAUCAGGGACAUCCGUGAAGCGGUCGUGGCGGCGCCAUGGACGACACGGGCAGCAACAAGCAGCGCCAGGCCACCAGGGUCUUCAAGAAGAGCUCGCCCAAUGGGAAGAUCACAGUGUACCUCGGAAAGCGGGACUUCGUGGAUCACAUCUCGCACGUGGAUCCAAUAGAUGGCGUGGUGCUCGUGGACCCCGAGUACGUGAAGGAGCGCAAGGUGUUCGGGCACGUGCUGGCCGCGUUCCGCUACGGCCGCGAGGACCUGGACGUGCUCGGCCUGACCUUCCGCAAGGACCUGUACCUCGCCGCUGAGCAGAUCUACCCGCCAACGGGCCCCAGCAAGCGGCCGCUGACCCGCCUGCAGGAGCGUCUCGUCCGCAAGCUGGGCCCCUCCGCGCAUCCCUUCUACUUCUCGCUGCCGCCGCACUGCCCCGCGUCGGUGACGCUGCAGCCGGCGCCCGGUGACACCGGCAAGCCGUGCGGCGUGGAUUAUGAGCUCAAGGCCUUCGUGGGCGACACGCAAGAUGACAAGCCGCACAAACGGAAUUCGGUCCGGCUCGCGAUCAGGAAGAUAAUGUACGCGCCGAGCAAGCAAGGCGAGCAGCCCUCCAUCGAAGUGUACAAAGAGUUCAUGAUGUCCCCCAACAAGAUGUACCUAGAAGCGACCCUGGACAAGGAGUUAUACCACCACGGGGAGAAUAUAGCCGUCAACGUGCAUAUCGCGAAUAACUCCAACAGAACUGUGAAGAGGAUCAAAGUGUCUGUCCGUCAGUUUGCUGACAUCUGCCUGUUUUCGACGGCGCAGUAUAAGUGUACCGUGGCGGAGGCAGAGAGCGAGGAACCAAAAAUGAAGGCGAGGAAAUUUCAAUUCCCUUUUACCGGUCUGUUCAGUAAGAAAGACAUUCCGAUACAGUCCCUGGAAGGCUGUCCCGUCGGGCCCGGCUUCACUCUCAGCAAGGUGUUCACGCUGACCCCCCUGCUGGCCAACAACAAGGACAAGUGGGGGCUCGCGCUGGAUGGCCAGUUGAAACACGAGGACACCAACCUGGCCUCGAGCACCCUUGACGCUCGCUUCAGGGUCGCGGACCAGACGCAGCGGGAGAACCUCGGCAUCAUCGUGCAGUACAAGGUCAAGGUCAAGCUGUGUCUCGGACCGCUCGGCGGCGAGCUGAGUGCAGAGCUUCCAUUCAUCCUGAUGCACCCGAAGCCGGAGGAGGAGACGCCGCCGCGCGCCGACCCGCCGCCCGCCGACGCCGACCACGACCUCAUCAACUUGGACGUGCAAGAGGAGAACGGACAAGAUAACGACGACGACAUCAUAUUCGAAGACUUCGCGCGGCUGCGACUAAAGGGUGCUGACGCGGACAACUGAGCCCUAACACCCUCGCAAUAAGGACUAGACUCGCGCCGCCCGCGCCCAGUGGCGCCCCCUACAGUCGUGUACAGUGUAUAUUGCUAGCGCAAGGAUUUGAUCAACCAUUCAAUAGUGUUAUUAUAACAAAACUUUUAUAAGUAUUGUAUUCGAUGUGUAUAUUGUAUGUGAAAGUUUAUUUUAUAAUCGUCCUAUGAUCAAAUAAUAGUACAAUUUAUAUACUUUCUAAUAGGUUCUUUACUAAUCAAGAAAAUUUGGCCGAUAUUUAACGUUUAUAGUACAAUGUUUUUAAACAUGCAUUUAGUAGGGUAAAGUGUUUCAUUUCAGUGUACGUUCAUUUCGUGAUGUUAGGUGUCAAUGGAAUAUAAUCACUAAUUGGUGUUACAUAGAUGUUAAAUUAUACAUAGAGCGAGCGGGCCGCCGCCCGUUGCCGUGGCCUUCGAACAGAAUUUAAUGGAAAUACAUUUUUAGAUAAAACUAUAUUGAUGCAUAAAGAAGUUUAACAUUUGUUACGAUUUAACUUCGAAAGAUGAGUUACGCAGACGGCUUCACAUAUCUUUCAAAAAGCAAACGCGUACGAUAUAUUGGGAUGAAUAAUAUAGAUAAAAAAAUAUGACGACGUCACUGAUGUGUAGGAUUUGUAGCGAGUAAGGAUCCAAACUGACUUGUUUCACAGUCGUCUCAUACAUUGUCAUGAAAGUGUCAGUUUGUCUGCUUAUCGUAAGUGCCGUAUUCAUCCUGUUUCCUUAGUCAAAGACAGAUUCACAACCUAAUGCAACCCACACCGCAAUAGUUGCAAUGGCAAUACAAGUGAUGCCUUAUCCAGGGCUACACAGCAGCGGUUCUAUUAUAAAGCGAUAGUUAAUUCGUAAUUCAACUGUUUCGCCGUGUUGCCAAGAUCAUUGCACAUGUUAGUACAAAGAUAACCGUCUACAUUUCUGGUGAAAUAAUUUGGCUGAUCUGAAGGCAUACAAUUUACAUUUACUCCUGUCAAAACCAAAUUCAUCACAAGGGAAUUUCAUUCAUAGAGUUUUUGGUAUUGACGGUGCUAAAAGUAAGUUUUGCAUCGAGUACCUACCCGUGGAAAGUCCGUCGGCGCGUUGUCUUAUGAUGUCUGUUCUGUGUCUAAUGUACUGUGUUACAUAAUAUUAUGUAUAUUCGUUGUUUGCAGCCGCUUGUAGGGAAACAGUGAGAAUCGACCACUUGUAUCAGAGUAGACAGGCAUACUUCAAAGUAAUGUAUAAUAAUAUUUGCUACAUAAUGUUCUGAUCGCGUCCAACCCUUUCAUCUGUUUCUCUGCAAGCGACUGCACUGUCGCAUGUCUAUUUGUAUUCUAAGCUUUACUAUAAUGCACAAAUUUAUAUCAUUUUAUAUUGUAUAACUUUUACUUGAGACAUAAUGCUGUAUUUUUAUUAAAUCUAACGUACCCUAUGAUAAGGGAUGUCGGCCGGUGAUGUUUAUUUCUUUCUUUAAUUACAUUUUUAAUUUAGGUAGCUGUUAAUUUCCUGUUGGUAUAGUGAAAUGUAUUAUUUAUGUAUUGUGAAUAAGUAUUAAAUGAAAUUAUACUAUUUGUAUACUUGAAUGUAAGAACAAAUGAAAGACGGGUCAGAUUUGCAGCCAUACGGUACCGUUGCCGCGUCGGGCGCGCAAUGAAAUAAGUACAAUUAGAGAGUGUAUUUACAAUGAAGGCCCGAGAGGCUAACAAUAUUUCGUUCCUUGUUGUAAUGUUGCACGGACGGCUCCUAUCCCUGUCUCCCUCUUGGCAGUACUAUUUAGUGACGAAACUUAUCAAAUGACUUGUGAUUGCACUAUGGUCAUAAGGGUGCGUUUACGACGGAGCUACAAUAAAAGAUUUUUACAUUUUAUAGCUAUUAUAAACCUUUUAUUUGGCUCGUAAGCUGUAUAUGAGCGGUAUUGUAGAUGCGCCUUUAUGACUGGCUCAGACCUAGCUACUCUGUCCUGCAAUAAAUUCAAAACACACGUUCUUUUUUAAUUUUACAUCGAAAACUUUUUGAUGUACACUUUUUCAGUAAAUAAAUAAUAUAACCAA